AUGAUCCAGCCUCAGAGCACCCUGUUCCGCCGCCGCGAGGGCGGUGUCGGGGAUGAUGGCGCACUUAACUCCCCGUCCUCCUCCCCUGCCCCCUACCAGAUGCGCCUCGGCACAGCAGCUGCCGCUUCAGUGCACACGAACGCCUUGCAGGAGCAGGAGAACGACGCUCUCAUGCAGGCGCUUCUGUCCGACAUGCGCAAGGCAAAGAAGAGCUUCACCAAGAUGGGCGAUGAGGUGCGAGAGCAGAACGCGCUGCUGGAGCGACUGCGCACCUCCUUCUUGAAUACGCAGAACUCCCUUCGCAAAACGAUGCGGAACUUGGACAAGAUAGGCUGGGGAAGUUUCAAGCACAUGUGGGUGCUGGCGCUCUUCGUGAUUGUGUUUUUCAUGUUGCUGUACUUGAUGCUGCGCUUUCGGUAA